AUUUUGAUAUUCAGACAGUCUAGGAUGAUUGAUUUGUAUGAUUCACUUUUUGAAGUACACAUAACUCUCGGAUUUAAAUCCGAAGUUUCCGCAUUUAUUUUAUUUAAAAUUAUACUUUUUUUAAUAGUCUGGUACUCAAUCAUCAAUCUUUAAACUUACGGAAACACUUGUUAAUGAUCUACAAAGACAAUUUCCUUCAACAGUUAGUACAAUAUUUCGAACAUCGGAUAAACUUGAAAAAAAUCUAAAACCUGAACGAUGUAAUUUAUGUUGUUAUCCACUUGAUCUUGAUGAAGAUCAAUCAUUAUUAUCUGAUCAAGAUAGAAAAAAACUUGUUCAUCAACUAUUCGAUACAAUUUCUGAUAGUAAUGAUCCAGUUCAUGUUUGUUAUGCUUGUCGACGAUUACUACGAGAUGUACAAUCGAAUUCACAAUCUAAUCAAGAAUAA